CUCUCUCUCUCUCUCUCUCUGUGUCCAGAGUGCUCCUCCCUCCGUUCAUCCUCCCUCUGCCUCCCUUCAUCAGACUAGUGUCUCUCCUCAACUCAGCCAUCUCUUAACACCACUGAACAACCACAGAGAGGACCAGCCUUUCACCUCACUACAGAAUGCCUUUCGGAGGAGGAAACAAGUGCGGCUGCUGCCAGAAAACCGUCUACUUCGCUGAGGAAGUGCAGUGCGAGGGGAAGAGCUGGCAUAAAUCCUGUUUUCUGUGCAUGGUCUGUAAGAAGAACUUAGACAGCACAACAGUGGCCGUCCAUGUGGAUGAGAUCUACUGCAAAUCGUGCUAUGGCAAGAAAUACGGGCCAAAAGGCUACGGCUUCGGAGGAGGAGCCGGCACUCUGAGUAUGGACACCGGAGAGGGACUGGGGAUCAAGCCUGAAGAACAAGCUCCUCAUCGCCCUACAAACAACCCCAAUGCCUCAAAGUUUGCCCAGAAACCUGGAGGCCCAGAUGUGUGCCCUCGCUGUGGGAAGACAGUGUACGCAGCCGAGAAGGUUGUCGGAGGAGGCAAUUCCUGGCAUAAAAGCUGCUUUCGCUGUGCCAUGUGUGGCAAAGGACUCGAGUCCACGACCGUCGCUGAUAGAGACGGGGAGAUCUUCUGUAAAGGUUGCUACGCAAAGAACUUCGGUCCCAAGGGGUUCGGCUUUGGUCAGGGUGCAGGAGCUCUGGCUCACUCCCAGUAGAGCCUGAAGCCUCGGCCCACCUUGGGACCGACAUCGCUCUGAUAUCAUCGCUUCCAGGAUGCUUCAGUCAAUAUCCAGUCUAUUUUACUCUGCCCGUUCACUCCAGCUAAAAAGGCAAAGAGGAAUGAAAGAAGCGCACAACUCACCGCUUUUUGUACGAGUUCACCAAGUACAUUUUGCUCUGUGUUGCAUAUUUGAAUCUGGAAUAUGAUGUCCUAGUUUUUGACCGCUUAUAAAACCAGAUACCAUGCUAAAUAUUUAAAAACACACUAAAGUCUAACUCUGUUAGGAUGUGCACAUUGUGUGUGUUUAAACUGAGUGGUUAACAGGAAACAAAUUAAACUGGUUGCAAUACUAAAGAGACACUUCCACUGUGAUAACAACAAAUGUUGAGUUUGAUUAACAUCUGGAUCAGUCGGCGUCUGAGCGAGAACAACACAAGAUCAACGUGUUUCAAGACUGACAGCAGGCUCACAUGAUGCUUCAGUUACACUCAAGAUAAAGCUUUCAUUUCUGCCUUACAUGUCAAAUGGUGUACAUAUUGUCUUAUGAUGUGCUUCAUUGCUGAGACACAAAAUAAACAUCAGGCAAAAAAAUAAAUAACACUGGAAUUUUUUUAUUCCGUGUGAUGCAAUGUUUGGCACGCUCUA